CCCCAUUCCUGCGUUUUAUCCCAGCCAUCGCUGGGCCGUGUCUGGCCGUCUCCACCAUCGGCCCUUAUUGCUGAGAACACAGUGCAUCCAAAGCUGCCAUAUGGCAGAACGGAAGAUGCUUGUGCUUUAUGGCAGCCAGACAGGAACUGCCCAGGAUACUGCUGAGAGGGUUGGUCGAGAAGCCAAGCGACGCCAUUUCCACUGUAAGGUUGAGGCCCUGGAUGACUACCAGGUGGCAAGCCUGAUUCAUGAGCCGCUGGUGGUAUUUGUUUGUGCAACCACAGGACAAGGCGACCCUCCGGAUAAUAUGAAGAAUUUCUGGAAGUUUCUAUUCCGGAAGAACUUACCUCCCACUUCCCUGUGCCAGAUGGACUAUGCUGUUCUGGGGCUUGGGGAUUCCUCAUAUCCCAAGUUCAACUUCAUUGCCAAAAAACUGCACAGGCGGCUUCUUCAGCUUGGGGGCAGCCCCCUUGCGCCAGCAGCCCUGGGAGAUGAUCAGCAUGACUUGGGACCGGAUGCGGUCACUGACCCCUGGCUUUUGAGUCUGUGGGAAAAGAUUUUAGCCCUGUAUCCUCUUCCUCCUGGCCUCCAUGUGAUGAGCCCCGAUGUCCUAUUACCACCCAAGUACACUUUUCAAUUCCUGGACGAGGCCUCUGGUGACCUCCGCAGGGCAACUUUGCAACCAGAGGAUGCAUUUAGUGAUGUUCCAUCGGACAGGAAUCCUUUCGGUGCCCAGAUGGUUUCCAAUCGGAGGGUGACAUCAGAAUCCCAUUUCCAAGAUGUCCGUCUUAUUGAAUUUGAUAUCACUGGCUCUGGAAUCGAAUAUGCUGCAGGUGAUGUUGUGAUGAUCCAGCCACACAAUAGUCCUGAGGAAGUGCGCCUUUUCUGUGAUCUCCUGUGCCUGGACCCAGAUGCCUGCUUCACGUUGAGGCCAACAGAGGCAGGCACUUCUCUCCCUGCUCAUCUGCCCCAGCCAUCCACUGUCCGUUACCUGGUGACCCACUGCCUUGACAUAACGUGUGUCCCUCGUCGCUCCUUCUUCGAGUUUCUGUUCCACUUCUCUCCAAAUGAGCUAGAGCGAAGCAAGCUGCAGGAAUUCAGCUCAGCCCAAGGCCAGGAGGAGCUUCACGCUUACUGCAACCGGCCCCGCAGGACCAUACUCGAGGUCCUCUGUGACUUCCCUCACACAACUUGUGCCAUUCCAUGGAACUACCUGCUAGACCUCACUCCACAGGUCAGGCCCCGGGCCUUUUCGAUUGCUUCCUCAAUGCUGACUCAUCCCAACCGGAUUCAGAUCCUCCUGGCUGUGGUGCAUUACAAGACCUGUCUCAGCAAAGCUCGGCGGGGCCUGUGCUCCACAUGGCUGGCCUCUCUCAAUCCACAGAAUGAGGUGGUGCGAGUUCCUCUGUGGGUGAAGAAAGGGACCCUGAAAUUCCCGGCGGAGCCAGGCGCUCCGGUGGUCAUGAUUGGGCCUGGCACUGGCGUGGCAGUUUUUAGAGCAGCAAUACAGGAGCGAGUGGCCCAGGGCAGAACAGGAAAGAACUGUCUGUUCUUCGGUUGCCGAAACAGAGCCAAAGAUUUUUAUUGCCAGGCGGAAUGGGAAGAACUGGUGAAGAGGGGGCUCCUGACGCUCUUUGUGGCCUUUUCCCGGGAUCAGGAAGAGAAGAUUUAUGUCCAGCACCGGAUCAGAGAGAACAAGGAGCUCCUGUGGGAACUGGUGAAGCACGAGGAGGCCCAGAUCUACUUAUCCGGAAAUGCCAAGCAGAUGCCAGAGGCAGUGGCAGAAGCCCUGAAGUUUGUUUUCCAGUCGGAAGGAGGCCUCUCUGCUCCAGAAGCGGAGGAGUAUCUUACCCUCUUGGCACAAACCCACCGCUUCCAAGCUGAAACCUGGUCUUGAGCUGCCGUGGAAUAUGGGAUGGAUGGGGAAGCUCCUCACCAAAGACGGAAUAGCUGCAGCCAGGAUGGCGAUUCUGAACCAAUAAAUCAAGCCAGGCCAUCUGAGCCUAUCCC